GAUCUUGUUGCAUUCGCCCAUCCCCCAGCCCAGCCUGCGUUCUGUCCGUCACCGUGCCGACGGUGCCGACCGUGCUUUGCAGAGAAAACAAGUCAAUUUCGAGCGCAUUGCUAUUUUUUUCUUCGCAUCGGGUUUGCGGCACCUUUCUCGUGCUGCUACCGGUGCCCGGUGCUACGGCCACUACGGCGUUCAUUUAGACGAAAGGUAUAAUGACAGGUUGUUGUGGCAGCUCCCGCGCUCCGGAGUGUCGCUGAGCAGCUGGGUCUGGGUUGACUGAGUCAGCCGAGAUUCGUCCAGGCAGGAGCUCCCGCGCGAGGCUCCUCUCGAUGAUGAAAGAGGGAGACGUCGACUAUGUCGCCUUCUUGACCGACUCGUCGGGCAAGGGUCGCGCGACGCUGUCCGACAUGCACUCCGUGUCCUGCUCCCGGCGUCGGGCCUUCCUGGUGGGCGGCGCCGUCCUCGCGUUCGUCUUCGUCGUUGCCCUGAUCGCGGCCUUCGCGCGGCCCGUGCCGCGCUGCCCCGCGGCCCCGCGCGAGGCGGCCGGCACCCCGGAGGUGGUCCCUGCCGCGGCGAACCCGGGCUACCGCUGGAACGACAUCCGACUGCCGGGUUUCGCGCGCCCGCUCCACUACGAGCUGCUGAUGCGGCCCAACCUGAGCGAGGCCGCCAACCGGGGCUCGGUGAACGUGACCCUGGCCGUGCUCAGGGCCACCGACUUCCUGGUGCUGCAUGCAAAGAACCUGAGCGUGACGCGGGCGCGGCUGUGGGGCGGCGGUGCAUCGGUGCUUCGCUGGCACGAGAUGCCCGAGCACGACCAGCUGCACGUGCAGCUCAGCGGUGCCAUCCUACCGGGCAACGCCACGCUGGGCCUAGACUUCGAGGGCCCCCUGCACCGGGACCUGGUGGGCCUGUACGUGAGCUCGUACGCGACGGCGGCCAACGAGACGCGCCUUCUGGCCGUCACCCAGUUCGAGCCGACGUCGGCGCGGAGGGCUUUCCCGUGCCUGGACGAGCCGGCCCUCAAGGCCACCUUCGGGCUUACCGUCUGGCACGACGCCGCGCUCCAGGCGUACGCCAACACGCGGCCGCUGGAGAGUCAUCUGGAGGGCGGCGUCCGCGUGACGCGCUUCGAGCGCACGCUGCGCAUGAGCACCUACCUGCUGGCCCUGGUGGUGUGCGACUACGGGCUGCUCAAGGACCAGCUGGGCACGCUGCAGUUACAGGUGCUGGUUCCGGAGGAGCAGAGGUCCCAGGGCAGCUUCGCCCUAGGCAUCAUGAAGGGGGCUCUGCAGUUCUUCAACUCCUUCUUCAACAUCAGCUGCCCCAUGAACAAGCUGGACCUGAUCGCCAUCCCAGACUUUGGACCCGGGGCCAUGGAGAACUGGGGGCUGAUCACGUUCCGGAUGAGCUCGCUGCUCUACGACGACGGGGUGACGCCCGUCAGGAGCAAGGAACGCAUCGCGUCCACCGUGGCCCAUGAGCUGGCCCACCAGUGGUUCGGCAACCUGGUGACCAUGGCCUGGUGGGAUGAUUUGUGGCUCAACGAGGGCUUUGCCACCUUCCUGGAGACGGUGUGCGUGGACCACCUGGAGCCCGAGUGGGGGCUGCUGGACCUGUUCCCCUACUCGACCAGCCAGCCGGCGCUGGACCUGGACAGCCUGCAGACCAGCCACCCGGUGUCUGCGCGGGUCCAUGACCCAGAUGAGAUCGAUGCCCUCUUCGACAGCAUCUCCUACAACAAGGGGGCGGCCAUCAUCUCCAUGCUGCAGAGCUUCCUGGGCAGCAGCCAGCUGCGCAGGGGCCUUAGCCUGUACCUGAACACAUACCGCUUCAGCAACGCACGUACCAGCGACCUCUGGGACGCCUUCACCAACGUGACCUCUGGCCUGGUGGACGUGGCGGAGGUGAUGGACACCUGGACCCGCCAGAAGGGCUACCCUGUGGUGCGGGUGGUCCUGUCCCCGGACGGGCAGCUGGCACUGAGCCAGCGGCGGUUCCGCCUUGUGCCCUCGCGCUCCGACGUGGCCUCCGAACCGACUCCGGACCUGGGCUACCGCUGGUUUGUGCCCCUGAGCCUGCGCACGGACGGCCCGAGCACCCAUCUCUUCUGGAUGAACCGGACAGACGUGCGGGUGCCCUUUGCCGAGCGACCCCUGUGGAUCAAGGCUAACAUGAACCAGACGGGGUUCUACCGGGUCAACUACGAGGCCUCCAACUGGGCCGCCCUGGGCCACCAGCUGCAUACGGACCACAGGGCACUGUCCGCAUCCGACCGGGCGGGCCUGCUCGACGACGCCUUCACGCUCGCCAGGGCCGGGGAGUUGAACGUGUCGGUGGCCAUGGAUCUAUCUGGCUACCUGUCCCAGGAGCGAGACUUUGCCCCGUGGGCCACCGCGCUGCCCCACCUGCUGGAGCUGUUCCGGCUGGCCGAGGACAGUCCCCGGCAGCCUCUGCUGCAGCGGCACCUGCUGGCCCUGCUGGGACCGACGGUGGAGGCCCUGGGUUGGCGGGACGAGGGUUCGCACCUGGAGCGAAAGCUGAGGGCCGAGCUGCUGCUGGCCGCCCUCGAGUUGGGUGACCCCCAGGUGCUGCGAGAGGCCGGACGCCGCUUCGACCAAUGGGCGCAGGGACGCCAGCCGGUCGCAGCCAACCUGAAGGACGUGGUGUACCGGGCGGGCGUGCUGCAGGGUGGCCGCAAGGAGUGGGAUCUUUGCUGGGGCCGCUACCUGUCCUCCCAGGUGCCUUCGGAGAAAGCACUCCUGCUCCAGGCCCUGGGGGCGACCAGGGACCUGUGGCAGCUGCAGCAGUACCUGCAGCUGUCCCUGGACCAGGACCGCAUCAAGGCGCAGGACGUGCACACGGUCAUAGGGGUGGUCUGCGCUAACCCCAUUGGCCACCUGGUCACCUGGCACUUCCUCAAGACCCACUGGGACUCCAUCUACAACCUGUUCAAGGAGACCACCUUCUCGCUGGACAACAUCUUGUCCGAGCUCCUGCGGAGGUUCAAGACCAAAUACGACUACCGGGAGGUGGAGUCCUUCUUCGGCCAGGUGGACCUCAAGUCCGGCCGCGUGGCCCUGGAGCAGGCCCUGGAGCGCAUCCGCUCCAACAUCUUCUGGAAGGACGAUCUCGAGCCUCAGCUGAACGCCUGGCUGGAGGCCGCACCACCCCCAGCCUAGGCUGUCCCGGUCAGACGACCUGGUUAGACGUCCUGGUCGGACGUCGUGGUGAGACAUCCUAGUCAAACGUCAAAGUGUCCUGGUCAUUACUACGAAGUGUCCUAGAUGGAAGCCCUGAUCGGUCUUCAGCGUGCCCUGGUCAGACUUUUGAAUGUUUUGAUUAGACCUCAGAGUGUCCAGGUAGGACUUUAUAGCACUCUAGUCAGUCUUUGGGGUGUUCUGGUUAGAGAACCCAAUCACAUGUCUUGGUUAAACAUCCUCAUAAGACUUCAGAAUGUCCUGGUCAGACGUCAAAAUGUCCUAGUUAGACGUUUCGGUCGGACGUCUUGGUUAUACAUCCUGAUCAGGCUUUAGAGUGUCUUGGUCAGACUUUGGAAUGUUCUGAUCAGACUUAAGAGUCUACUCAUCAGACUUAGGAGUGUCCUAGUUAGACAUCCCAAUCAUACAUCUUUGUUAGACAUCCUCAUAAGACUUCAGAACGUCCUGGUCAGACGUUUGGUCAGACGUCAAGCUUCAAAAUGUCCUGGUCAGACUUCGGUGUCUUCUGGUCAAAUGUCUGAGCAGAGCUCUUUGAGCUCUUCUGGGCACCAUCUAUCCACAAUUUUAUGGCAGCUCCACCAAGAAAUGGAGGUUAUAGGAGGACGCCAGCCGUAAAAACACCACGCCGGCCGAAUUCCGGUGGGACGUUCGUGUGGUGGCUUGGGCAGCAUGAUCAAAGGGUAGGCUGAUCUCUCGUCUGUGCCAACCAGGGGAAGCCUCUGCCUAGUAAAAUAAUCUGAGCUCUCUGCUCGGAUCUCACCUCUCGUCCUCCUGCCCAGUGGAACACCUCUGUGUCACCGUGGGCCGGUGGGACUGGGCUCCUGCCGGCAGCACUUGUGGGGACGGCAGGAGCCCUGCGAAAUGUGUUCCAGAACUACAACUGGAGCGGAACUUGUGUCGCGUGGCUCAAAACCGGGAAAAAUGAACCAGUAUAUUAUACGAGUUUGGCACUAGUCUUCUCCAAUGAUAUAAUGACAGGCACACUGAGGUCUGGUCUUCAACAGCCAAGUGCACUUUAUAGCUGCAUACCAUUCGUUGAUUGCGGUGUGAGAGGUGUCUAUGGUAGUCAUACCAGUACAUUUGAAAGGGGGAGGUGGCUUGAGUGUCGCACUAAUGGGCGAUUUAGCUUUGCUUUGCAGACAGUUCUGUGAAAAGGCAAAAAUGUUUGCAUCAAUAUAAGUUCAGACUCAGAAAUGUUUUGGGCACUGUGCAUUAUGUCACUUGGUGAAUGUUACUGGUGUAAAUCUGUAAAUAGUUCACUGUGAGCCUGUAAAGAGCCUUUACGCUUUCAUAAAUUGCACGCGAGGUUCAGUGUUUGACUUUUCAGUUUUUAGCAGCAUUUUGCUGUAUGUUAAGCACAAACGUUUAUCAUUGUGUGAUUUUGUGACAGACUCCAUUGUCUAGUCAUAUUGUUUUCAGCCUUCUGAUAUGCUAGAAGAGGGAUUGACAAUCAGCAAGGUAGUGUGGGAGGAGUGCUUGCACUUGUCUCGCAGGUGAAAUUUGUGUUCUCUUUUAUCAUUCGGUUUUGUAUGUGAAACUAAUUUUCCCUCAAACUUUUGAUUAUUUUAUUUAUCCAUAUUGUCUCAAAACUUCUCAACAUAGGAGGGCACUUUUAAACUUGCUGUCAGGGUUGAUAUUGAGAUUCUUUACAGUCAGAGUGUUGCAGGUAUGGGGAGCAUGCAGUGCUUUAGGGCAACUGUCUUUUUGUGAUUGCCUUUGACUGAUUGGCCGGCCUUGGUUAAUGUAGCACUUCGCCUUAUAUGCUUUCGUUUUGAGUGUAAAUUUUGAAAAGGCAUUUUCAAAAGUGGGUGUCUUUGUCUGUAUGCUGUACAUGUCUGUUUGACAUAUAUAAAUGCUGUUGUAUUUAUUCCGUUACUUUUUGGGCCCAAUCACUUAGUUGCCCGAUAGUCAUCAUUUCAUGUGGACUCUGUGGCUCCCCUUGGCCAUGAAUACCAUCAUUUGUUAAUGGGCUAUGACUAGGGUAAUGGCCCAGUGCCCACUAAAAGAAAGGCAAAACAAAGACCACAUGGCAGUAGACUGAAUGGAGACGACGCCCAUUUCAGAGAAAAACAUUAAACUUCUAUACGUUAUAAAAAACUACAUACACCGAUAAAUGUGCACUAAAUAUUUCCAAGGGGAGUGCAAAGAAAAAUGAAAUCUGGGUGCCUGUAAUUUUGUUGCACAUUAGUUGGCAUCUGCUCGAAAGUUCAACAUAGACGCCAGACAUAGUAAUUUUGCCUUUCUUCAGAUAUGUGAUGUGAAAGGCCCAAGCAGCAGAACUAAUGUCCAUGUUAUACUGCUGCAGUUUUCAAAGUUGUGCGCUGCUGUGUGCAUUUUCCAGUGUCCUUUGUUCACAAAUUGUGCACACUGGAGUUGUGCCAAUGCAGAAUACAGCACACUAAACACUGAUUUGACCUUGAUAGACUAAGUGCCCAUUUAUUCUGCUGAAUCAUGCUGAGAAAGUCGAAGAAGCAGGCAGACCCUCAUAUCCAAUACUGAGAGCAUCGCGAAGUUCCGCAAUAUUUUUAAUAGUUUGAGUAUUUGGGCCGGUUAGGUAUACUUGGGCUGCAGACUUUCCGGUGUUAACUGAAAAACGCCAGUAAACGUCCAUUGAUGGCAAAUAUAAAAACCGGUUAAAACCGAAAAGCGCCAAUUGCUAAAUAUCUUUGUCCUAGUGACAGACAUUUUUGCUGAAAUCCUUCCUAUGUAGGCGUUUGUAAAACGUGUCAUCUUGCCAAGAAUCUUGCAGUCUGCUGAUCUCCAUUCAGUGGCCACUAUGUCUUGGAAAACAAUGCCAAGGUUGCUGUCCUUCAAGGCAGGGAUGUUGGCAGUGAUCUUGCAGGACAGUGGCUCUUGAGGUCAGUCACAGUUGGUGCCCUUCUUGUAAUCAGGUCAGAAUGGGAGGAGAGUUUGAAACUGUGCUGGCGGUCGUUAGUGGUCGGAUACACUGGGAAAGAAAACAGUAUGCCGUGAAUGCCGCAGUUGAUCUCGCGCUAUUCUCGAAGCUUCCCCAAGCCUCGCUGGACGUUUUGGGACUACCCUUUUGAGCACUUAAGAUAGCAUUUUUGAAACUGUGUGUUGUGAACAGAAAGGAGGGUGCAAGCACGACGAAUGUGAGCCUGUCGAAGUGUGCGUGCAUGUAUUAUAAACGAUUAAGCGUGAAGAACAUGAAAAGUGUAUUAAAAAUGAUGUCAAUAAAAUAUUCACUCUUUCGCUCUUUGGAGUAUUUAUAA